CACGGAGCUGCAUGACUUGCAAGAUUCUUCGUUUGCUUCCCAGAUACUUGGCGCAACUAUCCCAUUAGGUCUAAGACUUUUGAUAUAGGAUGGCCACAGAGAUGAGCCCAGCGCAGGAGGUAUCCGCCCGUGCGGUGGCCGCUGUGGUAGGGGCCCUGGUAGCAGAUGCCGCUGCACAAGGUCUACACUGGGUGUAUGACCUGGAGAAGCUGGAUGCUGCAGUAGGAGGGAAGGACCCAGAGUUCCACUCCCCGUCUGCCUGCCCCUUCUACACCACCGACACCGGCACUAACACUGCAUACGGGGACCAGACAUUUGUCCUGCUGGAGUCUCUGGCUCAGUGCAAAGGGUUAGAUGUCAGUGACCUACAGCAGAGGUUUUACAAGUUCUUUGGACCAGGCACUGCUUUUGACACAGGUGAUCAAAAGACACGUCCCAUCAAAGGGCCCUGGAGGAAUGGUAGCAUCAAAGCCUUCCUGGCUAGCAUGGAGGCCAAGAAGGAAAACACAGGGUCAGACACAGACACACAAGCUGACGGUGCUGCCAAGGUUGCCCCUCUGGUUGCGCUGUAUGCAGGACAGCCUGACAUGCUGGCAAAAGUAGAGGCUGCAGUGAGAGUCACUCAGAACCACCAGGUUGCACUGUCUGCUGCUCUUGCAAAUGCCAGGAUACUAGAAGCUUUCAUUUUGAAUGGAAAGCAGGAGGGAGUUGUAGAAGCCUUGAUGGAGGAGCUAGGAAAGCAGAAGGGUCCGGGCAUCACUGGUCAGGAUGAGACUGUGUUAAAACAAAUCAGGGAAGUUCAGGAACAAAAACCACUGGGAAAACCACACAGGGAAGUCGUCAACAAGGUCUUUGGAAGUAGCUGUGCCUUGCCCAAGCAGUUCCAGGCAGCUCUCCACUGUGUUCUCACCCACACAGACUAUGUGUCUGCAGUGCGGGCAACUAUCUUAGCAGGGGGAGACAAUGCCAGCCGAGCUGGAUUUGUCGGAGCUUGCUUUGGGGCUUUGGGUGGGCUGGAUGGCAUCCCCACAGAGUGGAAGGAAAAGUGCAUCCGGUACCAGACUGUACUGGACUUGGCACAGAAGCUUGCUGCAGUGCGGGAAACCUAGUACUAGAAAUCUAUUUUUCCAGAACAUAAUAUGAUUAUGAUAGUGCUGUAAAAAUUAACAGUCUCACAGAUUUUAUUUUGGACUAUAUUGAAAGGAAUCAAGUACAGGAAUGAAUAACUCGAUGGGGAACAUAUCAGAAUUAUAUACAUUCAUAAAUCAAACACAAUCAUGAAAAUUUAGAAGUUAUUUCAUCUUAACACAACUUAUGCCAGUGAUUUCUAAGAGAGCCUGUGUAAUGUUUUACAGGUUAAAACUGGGAAACAAAGGAAGAUGACUUUCAGUAGUACAUAGAGUCAAACAAAUACUUUGUCCCGUGCAGUAGUUCUGUAAUGAUCAUUCAUGCUCCAUUUAUAAGUUGAAAUUAAAUUCUAUUCAGAAAUUCAAAAUAUUGAAAUGAAGUGUUGUCUAAAUUUGACGACUGUGCAUUACCAUGUAAUUGUUUGACAACUGGUACAUGUGUAUGUGUUCUGAUUUUGUAUGUCUGCAGUGAAUAAAGACUUGUGCUCAACAA